GCAUAAACCUUAGCAAACCCCCCACCCCAGUCCCAACUGCAGUAGCAUCAUCUGAUACAAUGGCUCCUUCUCGCCGAUCUUCAAAUUUCAUGCCGAUUUACGGUUAUGACGUGCUUCUCGGGUCGAUUGCUGCGGUUUACGUGUUUAUGGCACCAUUUACGAAAGUUGAAGAAAGCUUCAAUAUUCAGGCUUUGCACGAUAUCUUGUAUCAUCGGCAUCACAUAGAAAAUUAUGACCAUUUGGAGUUUCCUGGGGUUGUUCCUCGCACCUUUAUUGGUGCGUUGCUAGUAUCCAUUUUAGCAUCUCCAAUGGUCGUAGCUAUCAAUUUGCUGCAUUUGUCAAAGAUUUAUAGUCUUAUAGCAGUACGUUUGGCUCUAGGAUUCUUCAUCUUGGCAACUCUUCGAUUUUUACGUGUUCAGAUCAGAAAUAAGUUUGGCCUGCAAGUUGAAGCUUUCUUUAUGAUACUGGUAGCAAUUCAGUUUCAUAUGCUGUUCUACUGCACACGCCCUCUUCCUAAUAUACUGGCAUUGGGUUUAGUAAAUUUAUCAUAUGGCUACUGGUUGAAGGGGAGCUUUUAUGCCACAUUAAGAUGCCUGAUUUUUGCUACCAUUGUCUUUAGAUGUGAUAUGCUGCUGCUCCUUUGUCCUCUUGGCCUGGAACUUUUGCUGACAAAAUCAAUUUCCUUGUGGGAAGCCAUAAAAUGCUGUGCUGGAGCUGCACUAUUCAGCAUAGGUCUUACUAUCAUAGUUGAUUCAAUAAUGUGGCAGAAACUGGUAUGGCCUGAAUUUGAAGUCUUUUGGUUUAACUCUGUCUUGAAUCGGAGUUCAGAGUGGGGUACGCAUCCAUUUUACUGGUACUUUACUUCUGCUUUGCCUCGCUCGUUGCUGGUUGCAUAUCCUCUCUUUAUGCUUGGGGUUAUACUUGAUAGAAGAAUUGCGUUCUACGUCCUUCCAGUUCUCUCAUUUGUUGUACUUUACUCCAAGCUUCCUCACAAGGAGCUCCGAUUCAUAAUCAGUUCUGUUCCAAUCUUCAAUUUAUCAGCAGCAGUUGCAGCUAGUCGCAUUUACAACAAUAGAAAGAAGAGUUUCUGGAAUCUGCUUUAUGUAGUUCUUCUGGGUUCACUUGUGAUCAGUUUAGGAUGCACUGCCGUCACUUUCAUGGCGUCAUAUGAGAACUACCCUAGUGGCUAUGCUCUAAAGUCUUUGCACAGAGUAGGCCAUACGGAAAACACUACCAGUGAAUCGUGGGUUCAUAUUGAUACCUUCUCAGCGAUGAACGGAAUUUCCCGGUUUUGUCAGAGUGACAACCAAUGGAGGUACUCUAAAGAGGAAGGCAUACCAUUGGAAGAACUUUGGCAUCGAAACUUUACCUAUCUUUUGAAUGAACACUCGAGCGUCAAGGGAUUCAAGUGCUUGUUUCAGGUAGACGGGUUUUCCAGGAUCCGUCUUUGGGUUGGUUUCCCACCAAUUUCAAUGGUAAAAGAGCCCAAAGUCUACAUACUUGGGAAUAUUAAAAACACAGAUAUCAUACAAAGAAGUUGGCCAGGUUGCUCAUGAUUUCCUCCACCCAAAGAAAUGUAACUUUGUUUGAUCGGCCCUAGGCGUGGAAGACGAAGCUUUAUUGUUCCUGGAGGUUUAUGAUCGGGCCAACAAGGGACGUAACACUUAAACGCUCAUAACAUUUGCUAUUGAUCUCCAUUUUGAGCUCACUAUAUCCGAUCUUUUUAGGCCCAAAAACGUUGUUUAAACAUGUUUUUUUAGACAUAUUUGUGUUUCUUGUUAUAUUUUUGAGACCUGUAUUUACUCGCUUAAGGUGUAAUCUAGAUGGUCCAUUGAUCAAUAUAGAAAUUUUAAUUUUCAUCC